AUGAAUAGGGAGUUUGCUAAGAAUCAGCAAAGUUAUGCACAUAUAUUUUACAUAUUAGCUUUUUUCUUCUUGCAACUUGUAGUUGAUGAUGUUAAUGCUAUUGAUGAUGUAACAUUAGACUCUUCAUUAUUAGAAAAAGAAG